AAUUCAUAUGUAUAUAAUAUUAUUGGCGUUGCAAAUAAAUAAAAUAAGAAUAAAGCAUCAUUUUGGGUUCAUCUUGAAGUCUUUUGUUCCCAUUUUUAUAAAAAUUAAAUUUCCUGUGAAAGUUUGGAGGUGUUGUGUUCGUAAAUUUUGUAAAUUUCCAUUUAUGCGAUAAUAUAAUCUACGUAAAAGUAGACACACACUACUUGCUUUAAGUAUUUCUUAAUUAAUUAUGCAAAUGGCGUUCAUAAAGCUUCUUCGAAACUGAUUGGGACCAGAGAUUUUUCUGGUAGAGAAAAUUGCAAUAAUUUAAUAGAAUAAAUCAAAAAAAAUUUAAUUAUAACGUUUAAUAGCAAUUCAGUAAUAAUAAGCGGUGAGCGUGUAUUACGCUAGUGCUCUAAAUUGUAAUUUAUUUAUGCUUUAAAGUUCAGAACACGUUGUCCAUAAGAAAAGUUAAUUAAAUAGUUAAAUAAAACAUAAUACGAAAUGGUUAUAUAUUGCCAAAAGGAAAAUCAAGAAGUAGAGAAAGAUAAAGAGUAAAAAAUUUGUGCAUGUGCAAAUAAGCUAAUUAGAAGUAAUGGGUGAAAAUAUAAAAAGAAAGACAUGUUAUCUUUUUUAUUUUAUUCACUAAAAAAGUAAGGAAGAAAAUAAUAGUAUUAAUGAAGAUAUACAUUUCUAACAGUCUUUGCAGUCAAUUCAGUCCAUAAACAAGAGAGAUUGCCGAGACCGUAAUAUACAAGGCUACAGAUAAUACUUCUAUCGUUUUAUGUUUUCUGCCAUAAAUUCGUCAACAAAUCGAGAAAACAAGACAAGAAACAAUCAAAAACUACAUCAACCAACCACACCCCUCGACUUGUUUGAAGUGAUUGUUUACAGUAUAAAAAAUGAUGUAUAACAAAAAAUAUACCAGAAACUAUAAAAUACCCUCAAAUUUCAAAGUAAAUUUGCACGCGCACUGAAAUUCGCAGUAAAUUUAUAAAGACAGGUCAUGUCCUUGAAGUAUUAAGUAAGGUUUCAGAAAUCGUAGAAAGCAAAACCAAACACCUUUUCAACCACUACUCAGAAUUCUUCAUGUGAUAGCCUUAAGAGGAAGUGAUGUCGUGCAAGCCUUUUAUUGUGCUAUAAAGAUCGUAAAUCUUACAAUUAUUUGUAGAGUAUUCUUCCCUUAUUAUAUAUUCCUGUCCACUUUGAUUUAAGUUGCAGUGAAUACAUUUACAAUAUGUUUGUGGUAAGGUACACAUUUCAGCAACAUCCUCAAAGUCGUAGCUGUGUUCGUCAUCAACACUCAUAUUUACAACAUUGCAUUUGGGCGUGUUGUUGUUUGUUGUUGCUGGUCUACAUAUGUCUGCCAAUGCUUUGUUGUACAUCUCUAUUAACAUUUGCUGCCGCUGCGGAUACACAGUCAAAAGGUAACGCAGCAUCAACGUCUGCAACACAUCACCAUUAUAGUAUCGAUACGGGUGCUAAUUACUUUUUUCCCGCUCUUGAUGAUUUUUUAAAGCACUCUGUGAUAAAACCGCAAAUACAUCACCCUAAACAUAAAAGAUCCAUUCAUAGUACACUAGAUGCGGAUGGCCAGCAUUUGCCUCAUAUAGUAUUAACAUAUAAUCAUCAAGGUCAACACAUACUGAUGGACCUGAAACGCAACGAUAAUUUACUGCCCGAUAAGCAUUUUUUACGUUAUCAAAACUCAAAUUCCACGCAAGGUCGUAACGUUGUCGUUGUGAAAAACUUUACAAAGACUGAAAUUGCAUUAUGUCACUAUCAGGGCUCCAUACGCGAUAAACCCCAAAGUUACGUUGCCGUCUCUACAUGUAAUGGUGGCAUAAAUGGAAUCGUUUUCGAUGGCAUUGACACGUAUUUCAUACACUCGGGCAAUGAUGGACAGUUACACGAUCAACAUUUAUUAUUUCGUCAAAGCGAUUUGUUAAAUAAAAAUACUUCGUGUGGUUACGAUCACGAUCAUUAUGAUGAAAAGCAGGCAUUUCUAAAGAACGCUGCUGGUAACGUUGAUGCAAUGACACUAAAUCGAAUUGAUGGCCCAGAAUUUAAUCGCAUACUGAGAUACAAACGUUCCUAUGAUGACAGCCAUGUAAUACGUGGCCCAUUUAAUUCCAAUAAACACUCCUCGUAUGUUGAGCUGGUUAUUGUUGUUGAUAAUAAAGCUUAUAAGUCCUUCGGUGAAAAUAUGAAGAAAGUGCAUCAACAUUGUAAAGAUUUGGCUAACAUAAUAAAUGCGUUGUAUGUCCCUUUAAAUAUAUUUAUCGCUUUGGUGGGUGUGGUAAUAUGGAAUGAGUCGAACGAAAUUGAAAUUACGCCAGAUGCCGAUGUUACUUUAAGAAAUUUUCUUAUCUAUCGACGCACGAAAUUAGUAUUGGAGCAUGCUAACGACAACGCGCAACUUCUCACAAAGGUGAAAUUCGAAAAGGGUGUGGUGGGAAAAGCUCUUAAAGGACCCAUAUGUACUCACGAAUAUUCCGGUAGCGUAUCUAUGGAACACAGUCAAAUAGUAGCCGUAGUUGCUACAACUAUGGCACAUGAAUUAGGCCAUAAUUUUGGCAUGGAACAUGAUUCACCUGAUUGUAAGUGCCAAGAUGAAAAGUGCAUUAUGUCGGCCAGCAGCACCUCGGUUGUUCCCGUUCAUUGGAGUUCUUGCAGCAUUGAUCAACUAAAUAUUGCUUUUUCGCGUGGCAUGAAUUAUUGUCUGCGGAAUAAACCUCACAAACUAUUCGAUUCACCACAAUGUGGUAACGGUUUCGUAGAGCCAGGCGAACAAUGUGACUGCGGCUUACCUGCUUAUUGUGAAAAUACCUGUUGUGAUCCCCAUAAAUGCAUGUUGCAUGGCAAUGCCUCUUGUGCGACAGGGGAGUGCUGUGAUUUGACCACAUGUCGACCAAAAAUAGCUAGUACUCUCUGUCGUAAUGCGGACAAUGAAUGUGAUUUGCCGGAAUAUUGCACUGGCGAAUCGGAAUAUUGUCCAAUAGAUGUAUUCAAACGUGACACUGAAGAAUGCGAUAACGGGCAAGCAUACUGUUAUGAAGGCAAUUGUCGUUCGCACUCACAUCAAUGUCGUAUACUUUGGGGUCCAACCGGAGAAAAUUCGGAGCCUUGCUAUCUGCAAAUGAAUACUGAAGGCAAACGUGGCGGUAAUUGCGGUUUCAAUCGUUUAAAUAACACUUAUAUACCUUGCGAAAAGGAACAUGUAGCAUGCGGCAUGUUGCAUUGUCGCCAUUUAAAUGAGCGCCUGGAAUUUGGUAUGGAGUCUGCUGCUGUAUUGUCUCAUUCGUUUAUAACUCACGACAGUAAUAUAGUGCCGUGCCGAACGGCUUUAGUAGACUUAGGCUUACAAAGCACUGAUCCUGGUUUAGCUCCGAAUGGAGCCAAAUGUGGUGACCAAAAAAUGUGUGUAGAUCAGAAAUGUUUAACCAUCGAGUACCUACGCUCCACUGGUAUGGGAAAAUCCUGUCCCCAAAACUGCAAUGCGAACGGAGUAUGCAACAGCCGAGGUAAUUGCCAUUGUAACGUGGGUUUUACGGGUUUAACCUGCAUGAUGCCGGGUCAUGGAGGAUCUGUGGACAGUGGACCUGCAACUAAUCCAAAUAGUCACGAAGCCUUCCAGCGUUUUAUGUACAUUUUCUUCUUUGCUGUUAUACCUUUUCUUGCUGCCUUCUGUUUUAUUAUGUACUAUUGCCGCAACCAUACAUUGUUUAUAGGGGGCAAAUUAGCCGAGAAUAUUAUUAAGACAGCCAGUAAUAGACAAGCUCCCAGCCGUACUAAUCCUAACGUUAGUAGCAGUCAUCAAAUUGCUAACGCCUUACCAAAAUCUACACCCAGCAGUACGGAUGACAUGAAUUCGGCUUUGUUAAAAUCGCCGAGUGAUUCCAGUGACGCUUUAGGAAAUGGUAUGUUCGGUAAAUUUAAAGGCUUUACUCUGAGGCCAUUAAAUGAUGCAGCAACGCUAAGUGGUAAUUUUAAUGGUUCUAAUGUGGCCUAUGUUCAACCGACUCUUCAAGAUAACAGUGUUUUAGGGAUACCACAAAGAGCAGCACCGCUACAGCCAGCUAAGCAAAACGAUUCUAAAUCGAGUGGUACCUUGUCAAAUAAAACUCCUGCAUUGGCAGCUUCACAAAUAGGAGGGGUGGCUCCUGCCUUGCCGCCUCCUAAUCCGAGACCAAAUACAAGACCGAUUAUCUCGAUGCCGGUGUUAGAAAAUUCCACUUUAAAUUUACCCUUAAAAUCUGUGAAUAUCGCGAACGAUUUGCAACCUAAUCGUCCAGCGCCCACAACACCACCGCAGCCUCAAGUUCCUGCACAAUCUUCAGGUAGUUUAAAGCCAGCACCACCGCCACCAGUACCAUUGCACGCCGAUCCCAAACUGAAUAUACGUCGUGAUGGCACCAUCAGGCGCAUAGCAUCGUUUCUUAAAAAAGACGAUAAGGUAGUUGUUAAAGAGAAGGCUUACAUUAAUCGCGAAAAGUUAAGAAAUUUGGAGAUAUCAGCACCUAUACCAGUUUCAAAUAAAAUUCCACCCCAUGGCGAAUCAUCCAAUUCAGACUCUGAAGCUACUUUAACACCAAAAGAACAAGAAACCAAAAACUUGGUUAAACGGGCUCAAUCCAUGAGAUCUCCUAAUAAGAAAGCCUUACAAACUUUUGGUUCCAUGCGGCAACCCAGUGCAGGACGACCAAAAAGUGCCGUAUCCUCACAAGCUUCGCUAAACUCUUUAACAGUUAGACCAAAAAGUCCACCACCCCGUCCACCCCCCCUUAAAAAGACCAGUUCAACCACCUCGUCCGGUUAUCAACUGCCGGUAGCCAGCAAUCAACGCCCUGCUGAAGAACAUGCUUACGACGAUUGUGAAGUAAUGAAAGACCCCUUAAAAUUGGCAGGUAAUACACUGCAUUUAAAAAGUCUAGAUUCUGAUAAUAUUUAUGCGGUUAUAGAUGAAAUACCGCCGGCGGCACAAACACUUAAGCGUAGCGAUUUGAUCGGUGGCAGUGUAUGCAGCAGUAUAACCAGCAGCAGUGAUUUGGGUUUGUUAAGUGAAAUAGUCAAUGAGAUUGAGAAACGUAACGGUGGUGAUUCCAUAUAUUCUGCCUCGACUCUUGUGAGCACUAAAAACUUAGACGAUGAAUUUGAAAACACCAAAGAAAAACAGCAGCAAAAGCAAGCCGCGAGCGUGAAUGUUAAUGCAGCACAGCCACCGGCCACAUCCUACUUAAGACCAACAGCAGUAAACGCUCCAAUAGCUCGAAUAGCUCCCACCAAAUCAGAUUUAUCCCCCUCUACUGCAUUUUCUAGUUUUAAACCGUCAUCGUCCAACACACUGGUAGCUCCACCAGGAAUACAUAACCAAAACAAUGUUAAAUCCAAUCAAUCUAAUCAAGAGCAACAGAAACGUAGUAGCAAUCGGACCGGCAGCUCAAAUCGUGUAAAAAACUUCAACAAACCAUAUAAUUUUACGCAAAAAGCGACACUGCCUGGCAGCCAAAAUGCCGCAGCAACGUCGACUACGAUAGGAAAAGGUUUGACAAGCAAACCAGCCGCAACGAUACAGAAACCAAAACCUCUGUCAGCUAAGCCCUCUUUUAAUAGUAAUAACAUCAAAAAACCCGCAGUGGCAUCUAUAGUAACAACAAAUUCAACAGUCGCUCGGCCUGUACAAAAACCUUCAACGGUAGCUGUAGCUACGCUUACCCAACAUUUUGAGAAGCCUACAAUAAAUAGCACAAAAGCAUCUACAAUAACUUCUUCAAAUAAUUCUCAACGCAAAUAGUAUUAAGUUGAAAAUUUUUCACUCUCCCUUACUAAAGAAAAAAACUUGAGGUGAAUACGUAUUUAAUAUUAAGAAAGUAGUUUCUUAUAAAAAAAAAGUGGUAUGUUCUAAGUUUUAGAUAUGAAUCAAACAUAUUUUUUAUAAUAAUAAACAAUUGUCCUUUUAAUUUUAAACAAAUUAAUUUAUUUAAUUUACGAAAAUC